AUGCGACUGAGUACACUCACUGGGGUUGCGGGAGGCGAAGUGGACGGCGACGGCGACGGCGACGGCGACCUAGAAGGGGAAGGGGAUGGCGACGGCGAGGCCGAGGGCGACGGCGAGGUCGUGGGCGACGGCGAGGCCGACGGCGAGGCCGGGGAGGAGGUCGACGAGGCCGACGGGGACGCCGACGGGGAGGCCCUUGGCGAGGCCGAGGGGGAGGCCGACGGCGAGGCCCUCGGCGAGGCUGACGGGGAGGCCGAGGGCGAGGCCGACGGGGAGGCCGAGGGCGAGGCCGAUGGGGAGGCCGAGGGCGAGGCAGACGGGGAGGCCGAGGGCGAGGCCAAGGAGGAGGCCGAGGAGGAGGCCGACGGGGAGGCCGAGGGCGAGGCCGAGGGCGAGGCCGAGGGCGAGGCCCUCGGCGAGGCUGAGGGGGAGGCCGACGGGGAGGCCGAGGGCGAGGCCCUCGGCGAGGCUGAGGGGGAGGCCGAGGGGGAGGCCGAGGGGGAGGCCGAGGGCGAGGCCCUCGGCGAGGCUGAGGGGGAGGCCGAGGGGGAGGCCGAGGGCGAGGCCUGCAGGAGCCAGCGUCCAUUCAACAUUCCUGCGCAUGCAUGA